GCCAAUCGCGGCGGGGGUUGUUGCGGGGUCGGGUUUGGGCGGGAGGGUGAGGCAGAGGAGAGGAGUCGGCGGCGGCGGCAAGAUGUCGGGCAGGAGGAGCGGCGGGCAGCCUGAGUAUUUAAGCAGGCGCAUCCCUCAGAACCCCAAGUACCAGCACAUAAAAACCCGCCUCGAUACCGGGUGCAGCUUAACGAAAUACAUUGAGAAGUUGGAGGAGAUCAAAAGAAAUUACAGAUACAAGAAGGAUGAGCUGUUUAAAAGAUUGAAAGUGACGACUUUUGCCCAGCUGGUCAUCCAGGUUGCUUCUCUAUCUGAUGAAACCUUAGGAGUGACGAAUGAGGAGAUCCACAAGCUGGAAGAUGGCGCUUCUGAUGCAGAUGCUGAACUCACGGCAGGGACAAAUGGGAAAGGAAGCCCCAGUGGGACACCACCCAGUCCAGUCCUGUUCAUAAACAGCACAGGAGCUGGGGAAUCGUACCGGUCCACGCUGCAGAGUGUGAUAAGUGGUGUUGGCGAGCUGGAUAUAGAAAAGGACACUCCAAAGAAAGAGGACGCUGAGGCUAAAGACUUGCCUUACCCCGACUGCCCCUUCCUGCUUCUGGACGUGCGAGACCGAGAUGCUUAUGACCAAUGUCACAUUGUUGGAGCUUAUUCAUAUCCUAUCGCAACACUAUCUAGAACCAUGAACCCGUAUACAAACAGUAUUUUGGAAUAUAAAAAUGCCCAUGGAAAAAUCAUAAUUUUGUAUGACGACGACGAGAGGCUGGCCAGCCAGGCUGCCACGACCAUGUGUGAGAGGGGCUUUGAGAACUUGUUCAUGUUAUCUGGAGGCCUGAAAGUCCUUGCACAGAAAAUCCCAGAAGGACUCGUCACCGGCUCGCUCCCCCCAUCCUGCCAGGGGGCAGCUCCCCCUGGAUCCGCCCGAAAAAAGGCUGCUCCCAAAGCGCCACCCACACGUGCUGAGAAUAAAUGGAGAUUGACUGCAGAAGAUCUACAAAAGAUUAAGUACUACCUAGAAGAGGAGCAGAUUCCUUCAGAUACUGCCAGCCGUCUUAGCCGUGGCUCUUCAGGGCGCGAUUCCAAGGCAACGACCGUGAGGAGCAACCCCAGCCUCCCCACCACUGCUGCCAACGUGGGGUCUCUCACCACCCGCUCGUUCAGCAGGAGCAGCCUCCAGAACAGGCCAUGGAAAUAAGCAGCGGCGUCUCCUUGCACUGAAUAAACGAAUGUCCAGGUUCUGGGAACCCUGAGCAGUGCAGCCCGUUUGUCGUUUUAGGAAUCCACGGGGGAAAAGCAGCGGUGGUUUAUAAAAGGCAGCUCGGGUAGGGCAGGGGGAGAGCUGGAGGGGUUGAGGUUUUACAGAAGCAGCGACAGCAUCGCGUUGGCAAGGCUGGCCUGUAAGUGCAGUGGCAGGACAGGACUGGAAUAACUGAUUUUGUAGGGGAGGGAAAUAAAACCGGUAGCAAAGCCUGCGACCAGCAGGAACGGUGCUGUGAAACUUGUAGUUCAGGCUAAAAAAAGUUUGUGUCUGUAACAAACGCUCCCUCUGUGCAGUGCCCAGAACUGCAGCUUGUGCUGACAGCAGAACACAUGGAGGUCAGUGGGCCAGGAAAGCAUCUGUGAGCAAAAGCCUUGGUGUUUUUUUAGCAGAGAUGCAAAUUGCCAAAAUAAUGGAGAAAGGAUUCCGUGACUUCUUUUUUAAAAAAAUGUUUAUGAACAGAAGUAUUUGUAAUAAAGCUGGUUUUGGAAAUAAUGCCCAGCAUGGCACAGUAACGUGAUGGUUGUCUUGACUCGUGGGCAAUUUGUGAAGUAGUUCUGUAUUUUUGAAAGUGAGUCGGAAAGGAAAACAACUGAUUCUUCUCCCUUAUUGUCAGUCGUUUUGACUUCUAACUGUGCUUUUUCUGCUUUGUUCUUCGCUGUGGUUAUGGAGAAUGCUCCUGUGCUGUGUUUGGGGCUCUGAAUAAGAUGAGAGGGUAAGGCUGUGAGCUGGGCAGGGUUUUAGCUGCCUCUUAGAGCAGGAUCAGCUGCCGUGCUCCUCUUCCAGGUGUGCAAGCAGAGUUGUCUCCCUGAUUCAGCUGCACACCAGUGCUUUCUUUAUUCUCCUACUUGGAGCAGCUGCUUUAAGGUUAGGGUGAAAUUUUCUUUUGCCCUCUCACUGGGUCCCUACAACCUAGAAAGGACACAAAUCUGGGAACUGAGCAGGGCAAGAAGAUUUUAUAGGAAACCGGUAUCACAGCUUUCAUCAAAUUGGUGCUUUCAUCAUACCAGUAUUGCCUGGGUGACCUAGAAAUCACCUGAAACUCAUCAGUGAAAAAACUGAUGCAGGACGAUGAGGAGAAAGCAGAACCGAGGUUGCCUGCGUUUGUAGAUGGUUGUGGAGAGAUCCUGCUCCUCUUGUCCUUCACCUAGCACUGCUCAGCUUUACCUGGCUUUGGCUUCUUGGUCUCGUGUUUUACUGUGUGCUUAUGUCAGAAGGGGAAGAAAAAAAAAGCCAAAUGAUCUUUAACAGACCCUGGUGCAGGUCACAGGGGAAACUUAAGGUGAAAGGGCAAGGUGAGAGAAAUUACAAGGCCAAGUUUAUCAGUUUAAGACUCAGCAUCCCUGAGGACACUUACCACAACCUCUCUUUGCACCUCCACUACAGCAGUGAGCUUUGCCUUCUGUACCCGUGACCCCUUAAAUGGUUAGGAUUCGUGAAAGCAAGAGGUUGUGUAACGAGCUGCUUUUCUGCCUCUGGUCUAAUCUUUUCAGAUUCUUUCACUCCUCUUAGUGACAAAUUUUG